GGAGUUUCGCUCUUGUUGCCCUGGUUGGAGUGCAAUGGUGCGAUCUCGGCUCACUGCAACCUCCGCCUCUGGGGUUCAAGUGAUUCUCCUGCCUCUGCCUCCUGAGUAGGUGAGAUUACAGUCACCUGCCAACACGCCCGGCUAAUUUUUGUAUUUUUAGUAGAGACAGGGUUUCGCCAUGUUGGCCAGGCUAGUCUCAAACUCCUGAUCUGCCCACUUCAGCCUCCCAAAGUGCUGGGAUUACAGGCGUGAGCCACCACGCCCGGCCUGUUGAUGUUUUUUUGAUCUGUGUUCUUUUGUGUACAGUGUAAGCCAUGUGCAGGCUGAUUUGUUUCCCAAUUCUUCCUCUUAGUGAAAAGUAAAGCAGUUUAGAUCAUGUUGAAUGAGAAACUGAAAUUUAGAAAUAUAAACAUAGAAUACAGUGUCAGAAUAUCACUAGGUGCCGUUUUGGUUGAUAUUUUAUAAGUAGGGAGAUACUUUUCUGUUUACAUAGGGAUUUUGACACCCUCCACCCACCCCCUUUUCCUUUUGUCACCUUGGUAUAUUCUGCCAGAAAACUGACAUCAGAAUGUCAUUGCUUCUGAUCGAUUUAUUUCUGCCAUGACUGCUCAAGCCCAUUGUCAAGUGUAAUUAACUAGUCUAAUAGGUAUCCAGUUUCUGAUAUUAAUUGAUAAUGUGUACUUACACGUUAGCGUUGAGUAUCAAAAUUGUAUGUUUUGCUUGUUAAUGUCCGUGGGCUUUUUUAGGUUAAUUUAAAACUUCUGAUUAAUACCUUUGCUCAAAUAUGUGCUACCUAAUAGCUAUUAAAUAUUUUAUUAGCCUGUUUUUCUUUGAUAAUAAAGUAGAGACUAUAGCCUGUGAAGUGAACAACAGAGAUAAUACCAGGCCAGCCAGCAAACUGGGGAGAGGGAAGGUGGUAAUUUUAUCCUUUAAAUUGUUCUCUCCUAGAAUUUUAUUUAUUUAUUUAUUUGAGACAGACUCUUGCUCUGUCGCCCAGGCCACAGACUAGUGUAGUGCAGUGGCGCGAUCUUGGCUAACUGCAGCCCUUGCCUCCCAGGUUCAAGUGAUUCUCCUGCCUCAGCCUCCUAGGUCACUAGGAUCACAGGAGUGCGCCACCACGCCCAGAUAAUUUUUGUAUUUUUAGUAGAGGCGGGGUUUUCCUGUGUUGGCCAGGCUGGCCUUGAACUCCUGGCCUCAAGCGAUCCUCCUACCUUGGCCUCCCAAAGUUCUGAGAUUACAGGCGUGAGCUACCGCCUGGCCUCUCUCCUAGAAUUUUGGAGCAUUCUUACCUGACGUAAAGAAAGGAACAAGAGCCGGGCGUGGUGACUCACGCCUGUAAUGCCAGCACUUUGGGAGGCCAAGGCAGGUGGAUCACCUGAGAUUAGGAGUUCCAGACCAGCCUGGCGAAACCCUGUCUCUACAAAAAAUACAAAAAUUAGUCGGACGUGGUGGCGUGCUCGUGUAAUCCCAGCUACUAGGGAGGCUGAGUCAAGAGAAUCACUUGAACCCGGGAGGCGGAGGUUGCAGUGAGCUUAGAGUGCACUACUGCACUCCAGCCAGGGCAACAGAGCAAGACUCUGUCUCAAAAAAAAGAAAAGGGAACAAGAAAACUGAAGUUAAUCAUUUUAUUUUUCUCUCUUCUUUUUACUGGAUUUCCUUGAUCAAGGACAAAAGUGUACUUCAAGAAUAUACUCUUUCCUGAUGGCCAGGUAGAGAGGCAAUCUUUGUUUUUCUGUGCUCCAUACCCAGCCCAGAGAGACUGAAUGAAACGCCGAUGGCGUUUCCUAGAGGAAACCCUAAGAAGCCCGUUUCCCCUAUUGCACCUCACUUCUCUGCCCUUUCCCAUCUAAAUAGAGUAUUUAGUUUCCACAUAUGUUUAUCCUGUUUUGUUCAUAUCUCCUGUAAGCUUUUAUUCUUUUACUGUUUUCUAUUUGAAGUGAACUUUUUUCCCUCAACCCCUCCAUCUUGUUAAACUGUCUCCAUUUUUCUUUAUUCUCCUGUGAAAUUUCAGUCUUUUUAUUUGUAAUGGUUGUAUUCAGUAUGUAUUAAUUUACAAAUAUCUAAUUCCUGGAAAGUCUCUCUGUUGGAAUCUGAGGAAGACAUUGGCAAAAAGAGAGGAAGCAGCAUCUGGAGUCAAGAGACCCAUGGCAUCUGAGGUCUUGGAAGCUAGACAGGAUUCUAACAUCUCAUCGGUGCCUUAUGCCUCUGGCAUGCCCAUCAAGAAAAUAGGCCAUAGAAGUGUUGAUUCCUCAGGAGAGACAACAUAUAAAAAGACAACCUCAUCAGCCUUGAAAGGUGCCAUCCAGUUAGGCAUUACCCACACUGUGGGGAGCCUGAGUACCAAACCAGAGCGUGAUGUCCUCAUGCAAGAUUUCUACGUGGUGGAGAGUAUCUUCUUUCCCAGUGAAGGGAGCAACCUGACCCCUGCUCAUCACUACAAUGACUUCCGUUUCAAGACCUAUGCACCUGUUGCCUUCCGCUACUUCCGGGAGCUAUUUGGUAUCCGACCCGAUGAUUACUUGUAUUCCCUCUGCAGUGAGCCGCUGAUUGAACUCUGUAGCUCUGGAGCUAGUGGUUCCCUGUUCUAUGUGUCCAGCGACGAUGAGUUCAUUAUUAAGACAGUCCAACAUAAAGAGGCGGAAUUUCUGCAGAAGCUGCUUCCAGGAUACUACAUGAACCUCAACCAGAACCCUCGGACUUUGCUGCCUAAAUUCUAUGGACUGUACUGUGUGCAGGCAGGUGGCAAGAACAUUCGGAUUGUGGUGAUGAACAAUCUUUUACCAAGAUCGGUAAAAAUGCAUAUCAAAUAUGACCUCAAAGGUUCAACCUACAAACGGCGGGCGUCCCAGAAAGAGCGAGAGAAACCUCUUCCCACAUUUAAAGACCUAGACUUCUUACAAGAUAUCCCUGAUGGUCUUUUUUUGGAUGCUGACAUGUACAACGCUCUCUGUAAGACCCUGCAGCGUGACUGUUUGGUGCUGCAGAGCUUCAAGAUAAUGGAUUAUAGCCUCUUGAUGUCAAUCCAUAAUAUAGAUCAUGCACAACGAGAGCCCUUAAGCAGCGAAACACAAUACUCGGUUGAUACUCGAAGACCGGCCCCCCAAAAGGCUCUGUAUUCCACAGCCAUGGAAUCCAUCCAGGGAGAAGCUCGACGGGGUGGCACCAUGGAGACCGAUGACCAUAUGGGUGGCAUCCCUGCCCGGAAUAGUAAAGGGGAAAGGCUUCUGCUUUAUAUUGGCAUCAUUGACAUUCUACAGUCUUACAGGUUUGUUAAGAAGUUGGAGCACUCUUGGAAAGCCCUGGUACAUGAUGGAGACACUGUCUCAGUGCAUCGCCCAGGCUUCUACGCUGAACGGUUCCAGCGCUUCAUGUGCAACACAGUAUUUAAGAAGAUUCCCUUGAAGCCUUCUCCUUCCAAAAAGUUUCGGUCUGGCUCAUCUUUCUCUCGGCGAGCAGGCUCCAGUGGCAACUCCUGCAUUACUUACCAGCCGUCGGUCUCUGGGGAACACAAGGCACAAGUGACAACAAAGGCGGAAGUGGAGCCAGGCAUUCACCUUGGUCGUCCUGAUGUUUUACCUCAGACUCCACCUUUGGAGGAAAUCAGUGAGGGCUCGCCUAUUCCUGACCCCAGUUUUUCACCUCUAGUUGGAGAGACUUUGCAAAUGCUAACUACAAGUACAACCUUGGAAAAGCUUGAAGUUGCAGAGUCAGAGUUCACCCAAUAAGCACAAAGCCUCAGAAGACCUGGAAUAAGAUUCUGCCGUCUCUGUGAUCCCACGAUGUCAGCCCUUGCCCCAGCAAUGCUGAAUUUUCUUCUACUUGGUCAUCAAAAAAAGAGUGUAAUAGAAGCGAGGGGAGCUGCUCCUCUAUCUUCUUCCUGAAGAAGAACCUCCUCUCCUUCCCCUUCCUCAUGAAUGUGCUUUAGUGCCUCAGAAAGUUGAGGACCGCAGCAUCCCCUCCACUCCAGAGUUGGGUGGUAUGGAUUUUCAACUGGCUAACCCUUGGCCUCCACAAUUGAAAUUUUUUCAGACCCCCAUUUUUCAUGCUGGAAAUGGGAUUGCUGGACUUGGCAGCUUUCUUUCCCCUCGUCUUUGACCAGGAACUGGACUCUUAAUUUCCUCAGGACAGACUAGAUGGCACAUUGUCCCCACCUUAGUUCUUUCUCUCUGAUCCCUGGAAGAAUACUCCUGUAAUCUCUGUAAAGGUUUUUGGGGGAUAAGGGUGUUUAACCACCCCCCAGCUUUCUUCUUCUUUUUUUUUUCCUGAGAAAAGGAAAAAGCACACAGCACACUAUUUCAAGUCAUUUUCAGAUCAGAACUCCAGAAGUGUUGACAACAUGCCUAUUCGUAGGGUUCCCUCAGAAGAGCCAUGGUGUUUGUGAAGAGAAGAGUAGUGAUUGCUCUGCCAGAAGCAGCUCCUCUUUAAACUCCUCCUCUCUUGAUGAAUUUCUUAAGGCUGAAAGAAUGAAGAGAGUGGGACAUGGGGUAAUCUUUAUCCCUUUUGUUAAAACAGGAGGCAGCCAUGGGCUGGGAGAUCAUAGUCCUUCCUAGGCAGAAUCCUGUUCACUGCCAGGCUAUAAUAAUUAUUACUAUUUUGCAAUUUGAAAUAUAUUCUGGUUGUUUUUCUAAAUGUGACGACUUACCAAAUGAAUUUUAGAUCAUUCUCCAAAGGAGAUUUUUUUGCUCUUCUCAUCUUUUCCAACAGUGUUCUCCUGUUUGUGGAGCUAAGGUAGAGGGGACACCUCUGUCUGUUUAACAGGCAGUCCAUAUCUAUGAGGCCAGCAAAUAUUUUCUUAAACUCAUGGGGAGACAGCAGAUUCUUGCCUUGGUGAGGUCAUUGCUGUGCCAUAUGUCCUACCCCCCUGUCUUCAUGCAGGGAAGUUGGAAAUGGGGGCUACAUAUGCCCUCUCCUCCCCGUCUACAAGAGUUGUGGUUUUCCAUCUGAUUCUUCCACUCUUGUCAGGAGAAGAAGGGGGCCUGGUAUCUCAGGCAGAUUGUUGAAUUCCUGUUCUAUCCCUUCUCUAUCCCACCCUGCCUUGAUAAUAUGUUAGCCCGUACCCCAAAUAACUGUCUAUAUUAGACACCCCCAGCCAGUUUCUGGCUGCCUGUCUUUGCUGCCAUGUUUUUUACAAGAAGGAAAGAAUUCUUGCUAUUUUUUUUCAUAAUUUACUAUUUAUGAUGUAUUUAAGUGUUUUAUUAAGGACAGAGUUCUGUUAGGGGUGGGAGGGAAUAUUUGAGGGAGGGCUGGGUCUUAGGGAAAGGAAUGGGGAAUCAACAUUUUUAUUAAGUGUUACUAUUUGCCUCUACUUUGUAUUGUUCAGAAAUGGCAAAUACAAUAUAAAAGUGAUAUAUGGUUUUAAUGUAAUAAACUUUAAUCAGUUA